AUGGAUGCAAUUGCAGAUAGAGCAUUUGUGGAUGUGCAAAGUGGUAAAGGAAACCUCCACAGGGUUGUGGAUGAGACACCUUCCCUUCUCAUAGUAAUUCUCGAUGUUAGUCCAUUAGAGUGGAAGAAGUUGAUGGAUUCAGGCACUUUAGAUUUCAAAAAUGUUGUGUCUGCUUUACUUGUGAUGCUCAACUCUCAUAUGGCUUUAAACAGUGGCAAUAAAGUUGCUCUAUAUAUAGCGAACAGCUAUUUGCAUGGUGCUGAGUUGGUAUAUCCAUGGUUUGAUGACCGGGACGAUAGUAGUGACGGUAGCGAACAGAAUAGUAAGAGGCGCAGAAUGAAUGCUGACAAUAUCUUGAAAGCUUCUGGAAUAUACAGGCAGUUUCGAAUCGUCGAUGAGAGUAUCGUGGAUAAGUUGGAUAGCCUUAUAAAAGAGGAGCCGAGCAAGUUAAAGAGUAUGGUGAAUAAAGGAAACACACAUAUCAAGGGAACUCUAUCUGGGGCUCUUUCACAGGCUUUAAGUUACAUAAAUCGGCUGCAGAAAUCAGACGAGCAUUCAGGUUUAAAGGCCCGAGUGCUGUGUAUCAGUGUCAGUGGAGACUCUGCUCUUCCCUACGUUUCUAUCAUGAACUCGAUAUUUGCAGCACAGAAGAUGAAGAUUUCUGUUGAUGUGUGUAAGCUUGGACCCGACUCAACGUUCUUGCAGCAGGCCUCGGACGCUACAAAUGGCGUUUAUAUACAUAUUAACAAUCCGGAUGGGUUGAUUCAGUAUCUUUCGACAGCACUAUUCAUUGAUCCACUGCUUCGACCCAUUGUGGUUCUGCCUACAAACACUUCCAUUGACUUCAGAGCAUCAUGUUUCAUUACGAAUAAGUUGGUUGACGUGGGCUACGUAUGCUCUGUGUGUUUGUGUAUUUUAAGUGUUAUCCCUGACGAUGAAAGGUGUCCUACAUGUCAUUCCAAGUUCGAUCACAACUUAAUAACGAGGCUAAAGAGGAAGCCAAAGGUUUUGCCUUUAAAAAUGGGUAAUAAGAGGAAAAAGCGGGUAGUAGAUAAGUAG